AUUUAUUCUAUGACGUUGACAAUUUUGAGGUCUGUUUCUUUACUGCCAGGAUUGCGCACGUGUUGAUUUUAACUUUUGUUAUUAUGUUAAAGCGUAAAUAAAACCGGUGUCGGAUCCGUGGUCAAAACAUUAUUCGUUGCUUCAAGAAAGUUGUUGAUUGAGAGGAAUUUACAAUGAGUACCAUACUUGAGAAGAUUGCCUCGAUCGAGGCUGAGAUGGCUCGGACGCAAAAGAAUAAGGCCACGUCCGGGCAUCUUGGUCUCCUGAAGGCGAAACUUGCUAAGCUUAGGCGAGAACUGAUUACUCCAAAAGGCGGCGGCGGUGGCGGUGAGCAAGGGUUCGAAGUUGCCAAAACUGGUGACGCCCGUAUCGGUUUUGUUGGUUUUCCAUCUGUUGGCAAGUCAACGCUUCUGAGUACACUUGCUGGUGUUUAUUCCGAAGUUGCUGCUUAUGAAUUCACUACCCUUACUACUGUCCCUGGUUGCAUUAAGUACAAGGGUGCAAAAAUACAGCUACUCGAUCUGCCUGGUAUCAUUGAAGGAGCAAAGGAUGGCAAAGGUCGUGGACGACAAGUUAUUGCUGUUGCAAGAACAUGUAGUUUAAUUUUCAUAGUUCUGGAUGUUCUGAAACCUCUCGGACAUAAGAGGCUAAUUGAACACGAGCUGGAAGGUUUUGGCUUAAGACUGAAUAAGCAGCCUCCAAACAUCAACUUCAGAAAAAAGGAUAAGGGUGGCAUCAACCUUCAGACUAUGUGUGCACAAUCCGAGCUGGACUUGGAUACAGUGAAAUCUAUUCUGUCUGAAUAUAGAAUUCAUAAUGCUGAUAUAACUCUACGUUAUGAUGCUACUUCUGAUGAUCUCAUUGAUGUCAUUGAAGGAAAUCGGGUAUACGUACCCUGCAUUUAUCUUUUAAAUAAAAUAGAUCAAAUAAGUAUUGAGGAGCUGGACGUUAUAUACAAAAUUCCUCACUGCGUACCAAUCUCAGCUCAUCACAAAUGGAACUUUGAUGAUUUAUUGGAGAAAAUGUGGGAUUAUCUUCAGCUUGUUAGAAUUUACACCAAACCAAAGGGGCAACUUCCUGAUUACAAUUCUCCAGUAGUGCUGAAUACUGAAAGGAGAACUGUUGAAGAUUUCUGCAAUAAACUGCAUCGGUCUAUUGCUAAAGAGUUUAAAUAUGCACUGGUAUGGGGUUCUUCAGUGAAGCAUCAACCGCAAAAAGUUGGCAAGGAUCACGUGCUGUGCGAUGAGGACGUUGUACAAAUUGUAAAAAAAGUGUGAUUUUUAUCUUAGAACUACGUUAAAUCUACUAUACAUUCACUAUUAAUAAACAGACAUAUAUUUAAAUCACAAAAAUCAAAUAAUUUGAUUACAGUAAAAGAGAAAAAUAUAAUUUACCACCAUA